UUCAAAGCGAGAUGCUGACAGUAACUCACAAUCAGAGUUCAGUACAAUUACAAAUAUGACACAAAUAAAAUUUCUGUUAUUUAUCGUUUGUUUUAAUUUAAAUAGUGAAAAAGUUGUUACCGAAGAAUUAAUAAUUUAUCGUGGAGAAGCAUCUCACUCUUAUAGUUAUUAUUAUAAAAAGCGCCCACUACUUUGCAUCAGCGACAAUCCAAGAGACGCAAUUACUUGGAAUACUCAUUUGAUGGAAUGGAAUUAUCCCGAACAAGCACUCAAAGAAAAACAAAGUUUACAAGCGUCAAAGUUAUCAAAUAAUCCUAAAUAUGAUCCGGGACAAUGUUACCUCAACGUCGACUCUUCAGAGUGUUUAUCUGCAUGGAGACAAUACAAUGCUAAUUGGAGUCUAACAUCUUCAUUUAUGAAGCCCAUGGGCCCAGUUUUUGAUAGUCGAUGGGAACAUUUUCCCGAGUAUAAAACAUUUGAUCCAGUUAAUACCGACUUCCGUCCAAUUCUAAAAUCAAGAAAUGGUUCCUAUUCUGCUUUACUAUUCGGUGAAACCGGUAGUUUAACAGUUUCAAUUCGCGGAGCAUCUAAUGCCCACUUCGCACUUUGUGACAGUGACCAACAUAACAAAGAUUUUUGUUACUGGCUCAUAAUCGGUGGUUGGAAUAACAAUAGCACAGCAAUUCGAAAAUGUCCGUUCGGCAUACCAUCAGGUAUUCCAGCUGAAGGAUCUGAAUGUCGGGUUUUAAGAGCAUCAUUCACUAAUCACUUUCCAUUAUCCAAUCGAGAAUGGAAGACUUUUGUGAUUACUUGGGAAGCUUCGAGCCGAACUAUUGCUUUAUAUGAUCCGAAUAAAAGAGUCCUAUCUUACACCGACUCUGACUAUGAAUCUUCACGGACGAAUCGAAAAUAUCACAUUUUUUACCGCGGUUCUGAUGAAAGGAGUCCACUGUUAUUUCGUUAUCAUGAAUAUACUUACACUCUGGUAAGUCAGCCAGAAGCCAAAUUAGUUAGUCCAACAUUAGUGAUUGAUGAUGCACAAGACUUCUGUGUUGAGAUGCUGAUCGGGUUGUGUCGAGAGUGCGAGUUAUUUAUAAGCUUGCUGGAUGGAAAUGGCGAUUAUCUUCUCAGAAAAAGAUUUUCUGGUUCAAUUUCUGACCGUGUUGAUCAUGUCUUAGCAAUGUGGCAGUACGGUCAAUUUAAUGUUUCCAGUAUCCAUCUAUAUAAAGCUCCUUUAAGAUUAGAAAUAUCAACAAAAUUGAUAACUAGUUCGGAUGGAAAAAAUAAUCAUUGGGCGAUCAGUAAUCUUCAAGAAUGCUUACCAGAAAAAACAGUUAAGACAUUAAUGAUGACAGCAAAUCAAGACUAUGCCAGCGAUUACUUUUGGCCCGAAGUAAUAUGUCAAAGAUUGUCUUAUAAUUCAAAACAUUCAAAAACUAUCAGUGCAAUCCAACCAGUUUCCGCUGCACCAAGAAAUACAACUCUAUGCCCUGCGUACUAUAUCGGGCCAUAUUGUGAAACUGACUGUUCUAAAUUUUUCAAAAGUAACUGCGCUUAUGUAUCUGUAUGCAACGAAAAAGGAUGCUACUGUUCACAAGGAUAUACAAAUUCUGACUGUAUGACUGAAUGCUAUAUUGGAUCAUAUGGUUAUGGAUGUUCAAAAGCUUGCAAUAAUUGUUUGAAAAAUUAUUGCCAUUCUUAUACGGGCUCAUGUUUCUCUGGAUGUAAAGAUAUAGUAGAUCACUUUUAUGUUCCUCCAUACUGUGAAUUAGUUAUUGAACCUCCACAAGCACCUGAGUUUGAUCAACUUACGGAAACAAGUGUUCGAGUAUAUUUUGAAGAAAUUGAUGAUUACAGAAAAGUCAACUCGACAUUUAGUUUUGAGUUGUCGUCAUCUCUUGGAACCACUGAAACGAAACCUGCUGACGAAACAGAUACUACAAUUCCUAAAACUUAUUAUGCAAUUUUCAUCAAUUUACGCCCGGGAAUUAGAUAUAGAGCACGAGUAUUGGUAAAUAUACAAUUCGAAGAAAAAUAUAAAAAUAUUGCUGGCAUCUGGAGAAAUCUUACAACUUUGUGCAAUGCGGAUGGGAACUUUGAAACAGAUCGUAAUGAAACAAGUCUGCUACUUAAAAAAAAUCAGGGACAGGCAGAGAAACCAUGUCCUGAUAGUUGGUAUUCUGCUACACUUUCAUCCAUUUUUUCAAGUCCGAAUAAAUCUCACACCAACCAAAAAUACGAUACAGUACCGUCAUUUCCACUACUAUUUUCGGAUUUACUUCCGUUUACAAAAUAUCGGAUUCAGGUAAAUGGGAACGAUAAAAACUAUUAUGAUGAAGUGUUAUCAACUCUAGAAGCAAAACCAUCUCAAGUUGUUGGAUUGAAUUAUAAUCUACAGAAAAAUAACGAUGUUGUAGUUCAAUGGUCCCCACCAAUGGAACCUAAUGGUGUUUUGCAAGGAUACAAUCUAACCAUUCAGAUUAUUCAUUAUGAGGGUUGUUUAAAUGGGGAUCCACUAAACUCGAUGACUUCUAGAACUUUGUUAAUAAGUGGCUUUGAUGAUAUAAUUACACAAACAAUUGAUGAUUUGAUUCCUUACGUCGUUUACAAAAUUACAGUAUGUGCAUAUAAUUCGAAAUUAGGAUUUGAAAGCGAAAUAGUUUUCCGGACCAAUGAAGCAGAAAUACCAACGGCUGUGUACAGUAAUAUCAGUAUUGCCAACUCAAAAAUCACUUGGGACAACCCAACCGAUUGUCGGACAAUUACUGGGCCAAUUGGUGGCGCCCGAUUAUUUUUUUCAGGUUUAAGUGAAAACGUCAGAAGUUUUAGCGAUAGCUAUGAUACAAAAUAUCACUCUUUUGAACUUGAUGUCACAAAAAAACAAACAAUUUAUGGAGCGGAAAAGUAUAUGGUUCAUGUUCAUACCCUUCGUCAGUUGCAUGGAAUUCACAAUGAAACUGCUUAUAUUGAAUUAUCAUUUAUCACUGAUCCAAAGCCACCUCCGAAAGUUAAUGAAUUAGAAAUUGUUGAAGUGAAUGUACAAAAUAAGACAACAACAUUGCGAUGGGAAAAACCAUCACCGCCAAUUAAUGGAGAAAUAUCCAAAUAUUGCAUACAAUUUUUUAAAGGAAACAAAAAAUUAACAUCUGUUUGCGUUCCUGCAGAAAGUGUCUGUCAUUUAUGGGAAAAUUUACUGUGCGCUACUGUUGAGCAACCUAACGAACAAGGAAAAUUUAUUGAAGUAAGAGCUUAUAAUAAAGGAAUUGACGACCCCGGAGAAGAGAAUAAAGUGCCCGAUAUACGCAAUGAAACAAAACCAAGCGCACCAAAAAUACUUGAUAUCAAAGAAAUGGACAAAGGCGUAGUUUAUAUCAAAUGGCAGCAUCCCUUGAAAACCGGAGGACCCAUGAAAAAAUUCGUAAUAUAUUAUAGAAUAAUAUCAACUCAGUUAGAAAAAGUACCAAACUCGAAUGGCUCUAGUUCAAUUCAAUUUUUAAUUUCUUCAUAUAAAAUAUAUUAUGAUACUACAUUGAAUCUAUUACCAUCUACACAUUACAAAAUAUCAAUUCAAGGAAUGAAUACACUACGAGGUGAAGUAUCAAGUACAGAUAUCGAAACGGCUUCAUCAUUAGCUUUCGAUUUCGAACCACAGCCAAUCGUAGAUAAUGAAGAAUCACAAAUUAAAAUUGUUAUACCGCCUAUUGUUAAUAAUACGAAGGGAAGUUUGCUUCAUAUUAUUGUUAAAGGUCCAUCGAUUUGUAAACAAGGUACAAUGUUAAGUUCUGCUCUGGAAAAAGACAUUGGAGUUAAAUACCAUGAAGUUGCUUGGCGCGUAGCUACUCUGCCGGCUAACAAACUAUCAAACUCUUCAUUUACCAUCGGUGAUGAUGAAGUUUAUGAUGGUAUUGUAAACUGCCCACUUCACAUUGGCGCCUCAUAUGGAGUAGUUUUAGUAGUUCAUGAAAAAGAUGAUGGUUAUCUUAAAAAAGCAACAACGAUUACUUGGAAAUCAGAGUUACUUCAUAUAGGUCCUACACCGAACAAAAAUCACGAAGUUUGGGCGAUACCACUAGUGUUGACUUUAAUAAUUAUUGGAGGAGCAAUUCAUUACUACAUCAAAAAAAGAAAUGGAAUAUGCUUAAAAGAUAAAGAAGAUAGUAUUGAUUCUGAAGUGAUUGUACCCAUGCCGAUAAUUCCUCCUAAGGAACGAAAAACGCAAGAACCUAUUGAUAAAGAGAAGUUACUGCCUCCGAAAGUUGAACAACGAGAAUCACUUUUAUUAACACCCGCUCAUUCAGUUGAGCAAUUAAAAUCUUACCCUGUCGAUGAUACAAUAUACGAAAAUUUGAAAAGUACUUCAUUAGUUAAGCUUAAUGAGUUCCAGGAUUAUGUUAAACAAGCAAUUGCAUCUGGAAAGUUAGAUGAACAGUACGCUAUAUUUCCACGGGGUCAAACAAAAUCAUGGGAAUACGGAAAAUUACCGCAAAAUAAAUCAAAAAAUAGAUAUGGUAACUUAAUAGCGUAUGAUGAAACUCGUGUAAUACUUGAAAAAUUUCCGGAUGACCCAUACUCUGAUUACAUAAAUGCGAACUAUAUCAAAGGUUACAAAAAAAAUAAAGCUUAUAUCGCAACCCAAGGACCUAAGCCAAAUACGUUGAAUGAUUUUUGGCGCAUGGUUUGGCAUGAACGUGUACAAAUAAUUUGUAUGCUAGCUAACGUUAUCGAAGGUGGAAAAACGAAAUGCGAACAAUAUUGGCCUGAAAUCGGUCAAGUACUUAAGUUUGGAAGAGUAUCUGUGACAAAUAUUAGUCACACAGACUUCGCGGAUUAUACAACUAGAGUACUUCAUGUAACAUGUGAUCAGGAGACUCGCAAAAUCGACCAUUUUCACUAUACAUCGUGGCCAGACCACGGAAUACCAUUAUAUACUCAAUCUGUUGUAACUUACUUGAAAAAAUUACUUGCUACUCCUGCGGGAAAUGGUCCAGUAUUAGUUCACUGUAGUGCUGGGGUUGGAAGGACUGGAACAAUCAUUCUAUGUGAUAUAUGUCUUCGCCGUGCCGCUGCCGAAGGUGUGGUGGAUGUUUUUGGAGAAACAGAAUUAAUACGAAGACAAAGAGCUAAUAUGGUUGAUAAUAAACAACAAUAUCUGCUUGCGCACGUAGUUCUAGUGGAAUGUCUUCUCACCUUACCGACGACAAUAGCUUGCAAUGAUUUAUUGUCGACUAGAAUUCAAGAGUUCAAGCAGCAGCUUAAUUUACAACAACAGAGAUUAGAAGAGUCUGCAUGGCAAGACGAAGCUCUUCAACCAAACUCAUUAUUGUCAUUUAAAUUGUCAGAUAAAAAUAUUUCGAAAAAUCGAUUUCCCGAUUUAGCACCGCCUUCAAAUUUCUAUAUCGCGAGAUAUCCGAGUACUGAUGAAGACAGCAAUUACAUUAGUGGCGUUUACGUCGAUAGUGCACGACGUCGCAAUAAUUAUAUUGCUUCGCAAAUUCCAAUGCCAACGACUGUUGGUGAUUUUUGGCGAAUGAUUGCUGAAUUUAAAGUUAAACUUAUUAUUAUGUUACAACCAAUUGAUCCUAGUGAUCCUACUUGCUGUAAAUUUUUUCCUGAACCUGAUGAAGAAUUAAAACCAGUGCCAUUUAUAAAUUUGAAAGGACGAGAUAUUGUAAAUUCUGAUAUUUUUUCUCAACGAAAAAUAGUUUUAACUGAUAAGUCAGAUAAAAUAGUGCGAGAACAAAUAACUACUAUUCUCAUUUGUAACGAAUCCGAACCUGGUAAAAGUAAACCACCGAAACCUUCUAUUUUAGUAGAUUUUUGGCAAACCGCCGAACGCAUUUCGAGAAAUAAUGAAGCUACUGUAGUUCUUUGCUAUGAUGGCGUAACGUACUGUGGAUUGUAUUUAGCCAUGAGCUUUUUGCUCGAAAGAAUGGGAUUAGAACACGAAUGUGAUGUUUGUUUGGCAGUACGUGCUAUUCGAAGAUCACGAAAAGACUUUUGCAAAACAUUGGAUCAAUUAGACUAUUUGUACAACACUGCUUUGAUUUAUGCCGAUUAUUUUGAAACUUAUGCAAACUUCAGUUGAAAUUAUCAUCAUUAUGUGCAAUAUAUUUUUUUCAUUUGUUACUUCAUUAAUUGUAUUUUUUAUUAUUAUUAUUAUUAACUCUUAAUAUAAACUAAACUUAUUAUUAAA